UUAUAAAUUUAGUCUUCGCAUUAUGAGGUAGAUCCAAUUUAUCUAAUCCAUCUGUUCGUCCGUAGAGCAGAUGGAACCAAAAUGGCAAAUCCUGGCCUUUUUCAUGGUGCUUACUGUGAGUACUGGUGUGUCAUUUGUGGCUGGAGUGUACUUUCAGCAGCGGGAAGCCAAAAAGCGCCUAAAUAAAAUAAUAGAAAAAGAUCCCUAUGCCUACUAUGUUAGUCCAAAAUUGUAUGAAGUGUUUGGUUUUUUCGAGGACGAGGAGCAAAGCAGUCACCGUAUGGCACAGAUCAUGAAGUACGGAUUUCCUGGCCUGGACGAUCUUCGGCUUUAUUCUGAUUUUGUAUUAUCCUACGAUCGCCGGAACCGGGUAGCUCAUUGGGUUUGCGAACAUCUAGAAGUCGACCAACUACGGACCAAUGUGGUAAGCAGGCGUCAUCGGACCUAUCAACCGGAUAUGCGAGUGCCCUCCAAUUUCCGGUCAGAACUUACAGACUACCGCAAAUCCGGAUUUGACCGUGGACACUUGGCAGCCGCUGGGAAUCACCACUUGGAACAGGAGCACUGCCAAGAUACGUUUUUUCUCACCAAUGUGGCUCCGCAAAUUGGGGAAGGAUUCAAUCGCGGUGCCUGGCGAAAUCUGGAGACUUAUGUGAGAAAUCUAGUCCAUCGAUUUGGAUCCGUAUAUGUCUGCACGGGUCCGCUGUAUAAGCCACACCAAAAGGAUGGCGGGAAGCUUGGAGUGGAAUAUGAAAUAAUCGGCCUAAACAUGGUGGCAGUUCCUACACACUUCUUCAAGGUGAUUAUGGUCGAGUCGAGCUUACCCAUGGGUAAACCCUAUAUGGAAGGCUAUGUUCUGCCUAAUGCAGCUAUUCCCAAGGACCUGCCACUUCGCUCCUUCCUCUGUGACAUUCGGGAAAUUGAACAUUACGCGGGUCUAAAGUUUUUUGAUGGUCUACGGAGGAGUGCUAUAUUUGGCAGUAAUUAUCCCAGUGAAUCACAGGUUUUCCGGGAUUUCGGUUAGAACUGCAUAAUUAAUAAAGAAAUUAAAAGUAUAAAAACAA